GAUCGUGUUGUUUUAUAGACCCGUUGAUAUUGGCGAUUUUGGAUUAACGGUCGGUCGAUCCUUAACCUCAAAUGGGAAGCGCGCAAUAAAUAAAACAACAUGUCGCUGAAGGAUAUGACCGAUAGUCUGUGAACGUGUCUCGGUGAAGAUAAACGUGUGAAGAGAUUCCUCUUCCAGGUGGCUGUUUUGUAAACGUCCAGGACACGGCUUGCGCGUCGUGGUCCGUGUCCACUUUGGGUGGAAAAGUGUGCCACUUUUGAGUAUACGGAGAGUUGAGGUGUACAUUGACCCAGAAGUAGUGUGAGUAGUGUGCUCUGAGGAAACGGGGACGUGGAAGAAGGGACGUGAGGAGGUAGAAACCCUGGCACGAUGCAGACUACGGGAGCUGCGAGGGGACCUACUCACCUGGUUGCCCUUUACGUGGCGACCGCCGGUCUCCAGGGUAAUGCUCUCGGUUCCGACGAAGAGGAGAUCACGCUUCUCGUUUACGUGCUCAUCGAUGUGCUACAGAACAAGGUGCUGGGAAGGCAACAGUAUAUUGUACGACCGAUGGUAAUGGACGAAAGCCGUACGCCUGGAACCGGUAGCGACAAUCCGGCGGUUGCCGGAAGUAGCGGAGUCAUCAGCGAAGCAGCGUUGGCACAUGCUCCAGCGUUAACUGAAAGAACAGUUCGAGAACACGGGAUUUCUCUGGAACAAGCUAUCGAACAGUUCGAAGCAUGGUGGUCUUCCAUGUCGUGCGUGACGUCCGGUUCCGCACCACGUUUCGUCGUAGACGGCCAGGCGCCGAUGAGACAAUGCUUGCAUCCAGAGGCUUGCAACAAAGACAUCGACCUGCCGGAACAUUAUACCCUUUUUCACGACCUUCGCAAGGAAUUCGUUGCUUGUUACUCAACCCAUGGAGAACUCUCGACGUUUGGAGUGCAGGAGAUGCUGGAAUAUUUUGGUCUACCAUCGGACACCGAGAAUGAUUAUCAUGUGAAGGAGAUACAAGACAUGAUCUGCGUGAUACAGAGAAUGAUUAAGGAUGGUCAUAUCUUCCAAACUCCUGAAGUAGUUAAUAUUGUUUUAGAACCUGGUAUAUGCUCAAAAGAUGAAGAAGUUGACAAUGGCUGUGUUGUAAGAGCUAGAGGUCUUCCUUGGCAAUCAUCUGACCAGGACAUAGCAAAAUUUUUUCGUGGCCUAAAUGUUGCCAAGGGUGGUGUAGCUCUGUGUUUAAGUCCUAUGGGAAGACGUAACGGAGAAGCAUUAGUACGGUUUGUUAAUAAAGAACACAGAGACAUGGCAUUAAAGAGACAUAAACAUCAUAUGGGAGGAAGGUAUAUAGAAGUGUACAAGGCAUCUGGAGAGGAUUUUGUAGGUGUUGCUGGAGGAACCAGUGGUGAAGCUCAUGCAUUUUUAUCAAGGGGAGCUCAAGUCAUUGUUAGAAUGAGAGGCUUGCCAUAUGACUGUGUUGCUAAACAAGUGUUGGACUUCUUUUUGUCAGGGCAAAAGCCUUGCCAUGUAUUAGACGGUGAAGAUGGGGUUUUAUUUGUGAAAAAGCCAGAUGGUAGGGCGACUGGAGACGCGUUUGUCCUUUUUGCAAAAGAAGAGGAUGCUGUGAAGGCUUUAAGUAAACACAGAGAUUGCAUUGGAAGCCGAUACAUUGAACUUUUUCGAAGUACGAUCGCUGAGGUGCAACAGGUCUUGAAUAGGGCAAUUGACCCGAAACAAGUCGUACUUCCAACACCACCCAUUCCACAACUCCCUCCGAUACUUCCACAACACAUUAUCACCUCCGGUACGCGUAAAGAUUGCGUUAGAUUACGUGGACUUCCGUACGAAGCUCUAGUAGAACACAUUCUCGAGUUCAUGGGUGAGCAUUCCAAGAACAUCGUCUACCAGGGUGUUCAUAUGGUUUACAACGCUCAAGGUCAACCUUCUGGCGAAGCAUUUAUUCAAAUGGACAGCGAAAGUUCAGCAUACGCAUGCGCGUCACAACGACAUCAUCGGUACAUGAUAUACGGCAAAAAGCAACGGUACAUCGAAGUGUUCCAGUGCAGUGGGGACGAUAUGAAUCUGGUAUUGACAGGUGCAGUAACUCCACCGUCAACCAAGGCUCUACUAUCACCCGGUACGUUGACCACACAAUCUCCCGCAACUUUGACACAUCCGCCUCCGCCGACACCGGUACCGGUACCGACGGCGCAACCUCCCCUUUGGGAUAUUCACGCGUUAGUACAGGCUCAAGCCCAAGCACAGGCGCAGGCUCAAGCUCAAGCUCAAGCUCAGGCUCAAGCGCAGGCAAUACGAAAUCAAGAUUUUUGGUUAAUGGCUCUAGCCUCGAAUCCACCACCUACCUCUACCACUCCUGCUUCCCCAACUUCUUCAGCUACAACUAAGACGCUCGCUCUACCUGGACCGAAUCCUCAACAUCAGAUUCCCGCCUAUGCAAUGGCACCUCCAGCUGCAGCUGCAGCCGCUGCGGCUGCUGCAGCGCUUCACGCUCAACCACCUGCGCCGGCGCCUUUCUUGCUCUUCAACGUUCCCUCUCGAAUCCCAAUUUUACGGGCACCUACACCACACGGCCUGUUGACGCCUCUCGUUCAGGCUACUCCUCUCAAUCCGGCCGCUAUAAUGGGAUUAAAGAGAACUUGGGAAAGCGCUUUCCCACCCGACACAUCGAAUACCGUCGCGAAACGUGCCACAUGGCACACACCAGCGACUGCAUUUCACGCGCAAGCUCCGACCGCGGCACCAGGCUUGCCUUAUCCUGCUCAAUUUUAUCCUCAGAUUUGA